AGAAACAAGGUGGGCAUUUUCCUCUAUAAAUGUGAGAGAACUUUGCUCAUUACUCUCGCCAAGACUUACCGGAACCAGUUGUAUUCAAUAACGAAACCAAGUUGGUUCAUCUCGCACUUUGAACCUUGAGCUGUUUCUGCUGGUUUGAUCCUUUUCUUCAGCAUCAGAGGAAGUUGCAUAUAUGGCAGCAAACACCGAACAAGAAGUUGCUGCACUUAUUGAGAACAACCACCAACCCCAAUAUUUGGAAAUUGGUAUCCCUGAAGAAGACUUUGAGCUUGCGCCUGAUUGUUGUAUUUACAAGGUCCCUAGUCGUUUUCGUGAAGCAAACCAAAAAGCCUUCACUCCGCGGUUGAUUUCAAUAGGGCCUAUUCAUCAUGGUAACAAAAAUUUGGCUCGAAUGGAGAGGCAAAAGGAGAGAUAUUACGACAAAUUUUGUCAAAGGACUUCCGAAAACACAUUGGAACAAUUUGCCAGUUUCAUCAAAGCGCGAGUAAGAGAUAUAUGCAGGUGUUAUGAUGUCGAAUUUGUCUUGGACACUGAGUUGGCGGUUUCCAAGUUUGUGAAGAUAAUAUUAUUUGACGCAGUUUUUCUCAUUGAGUUGUUCUUGAGGAACUCUGAAAAAGAAGUCAUCGACUUCUUAGUCAAUAAGGUAUGGUUAAGAGUUGAACUAGAAUUGGAUUUGUUAUUACUUGAAAAUCAACUCCCGUUCUUUAUCCUUGAAGCUCUAUAUAACCUAGCUUUUGCUACCUCUGGUAAACCCUCUUUUCCCCACCUUGCUUGCUUGUUCCUCAACGAAAACGAAGAUCAUUUAAUCAACAAAAAGGGGAUUAAACACUUUAUAGAUUUAACUAGAAGCGUUCUAGUGAGAACUUGUCCUUCAAACUCAAUUGAGUGUAUCGACAACAUAUACAGCGCAACGAUGUUGCAUGAGGCUGGUGUUAAGUUUGAAGCUAUUAAAGAUAACGUUGAUGUGAGUGACUUGUACGUAAAAUUUGCAAAAGGAGUGCUAAAAAUCCCAUAUUUUUAUUGGAACGACCACAGUGAAAUUUGGAUUAGAAACCUGAUUGCCUUCGAACAAUGUCACUAUUCCGGGGAGGCUUAUUUUUGUAGUUAUAUGCAACUGUUAGACUAUCUUGUUGACACAGAUAAAGAUGUGGAUUUGUUGGAAAAGGAGGGGAUUUUUGUUAAUGAUAUGGGAAGCAAUGCAGCUGUGGCAAAUAUGAUCAACAAUCUCAUGACGGGUGUUGUAAACCUUAGUGUGUGUUAUGACAAAAUAGGAAAGGAUUUGAACGAGUAUUAUGAUAAUCCUUGGAACCGUACAAGGACAACCUUGAAACAUGUCUAUUUCAACAAUCUUUGGAGAGGAACUGCUACUUUUGCUGCUUUCAUCGUAGUGGUAAUAACUCUCACUCAAACCGUAUUGGCAAUCUUGGAUCGAGCAAUGCCUACAAAAUAAAUACUCUUACUUGAUUGGUAGUAUUCGAUUCAAAGAAAAAUGAAAUCAAUCUUUCUAUUUGUGUUAGUUUGCGUUUCUUUUGCACUUUUUUAAAUUUAUUUGCCUUUCCACUUUGAGUGGAAAGAGAAUUUGUUUUCAAGCUUUGUUGCACUUAUCAUAAAAUGUACUGUUACUAUUA